GCUGGACAAACUCCACGAGAUCUGCCCGUUGGCGCCGCUUCCCAAGUCGCCUGGCGCUGCCGUCAAAACAACUCUCUCGCAUGUGGCAAGCGAACCGAGCGAAGUUGUCAUCCGCACGCGUCUGGGAGAGCAUUCGGCUGCGUCUGCGCAAAGACAACGCAGCCGUGCUCUCAAGUGCAGAACUCGAUGCGAUCCUUGCCGAGAUUAUGACGCUGUCAAUGCCACCAGUGCGGAUGCGCACGGAUGAGGUCGGGGCAAUGCUGAUGGCGCUUGCCGAAGCGCUACCACCCAGAUCGGAGCUACUUGUGUCUGAAUUCACGUCUGUCGUGCGGCACUGCUGCAAGGACAAGUUGACAUUGACAUCAGACCAACUUCAAGUGCUCAUCCCGUUCUUCCUUGCAGCGCUAUCCCAUUGCCCAUCAUGGUAUGCCGAGCAAAUCUUGACGACACUGUCGAUCAUCCUCGCAGACAACGCCGCGUCUGCCGCCCCUCUCCAUGACACCAUCUAUGCGGCGGCCACCCCGCACUUGGACCCUUCCAGCGCCGACGUUGGCGCACGAUAUGCCGCAACCACGUGCAUGGCUCACCUCGUCGCUGUGACUGAAGCUCCGCCGCCAUACUUUGCGUCACUAUGGAAGCACACCAUGGACAACUUUCAGCAGCAAACACGACAGCUCCACAGCGACGCGCCUCGCGUGGUGUGGACGACAAACCGCACGCAUUACAAGAGCUGCCUCGCCAGUUUACAGUGCCUGGUGCGGCUGGUGGAACUUGACACUAGCAGUUCAGGCACUCCAGCGCCGCCCGGUCGAGUCGUCGAGCCGCAUAUGCCUAAGGUCUUGGACAGUCUUCGGCUCCUCUUGGGCUGCGGGCUGACGCUCUCGGCCGCGGCGGUUGUCGGGCGCGUGCCGCUGUCGGAUUCGGACUCGGACUCCUCCAAGCACUCGCAAUCCCACCGUGGCAUUGGGCUGGCGGCGAAGUUGCGCCUCGAAGUGGUUCGGGCGUUCGAAGUCGUGCUGCAAAGUUUUCCCCACCUUAUCGCACCAACGCUGGCGCUGUACUUGCCAACAACCACGUCGCCAUGCUUGGUCUUGUACAACCACCAACCGUCGGUGCUGACCGUGGCUGUCGUUGACCCGUACGAUCAAGUGCGCCUCAAGGUGCUCCACUGGCUGGAACUGCUGCUCCCCGUCGUCAACGCCAAGGCCACGCUGUCCCAGAACUUUAAGAACGCGUCGUCGAUGGCCUUUACGACAACCGGCGGCGCCCUCGUACGCAUGAUUCAUCAAGUUCACCUCGUGGUCUUGCACACGCUGCAGUACGAACACGAAACAGCCGUGCUAGUGCAAGCGAUGAAGACGCUGACGACGCUCGUCUCGCUGUGCCCGUACCCAAACAUGCUCCAGGCGAGUUCGACGCCCGCCACGUUGUCGCUGGAUGCCAUCUUGCAAGCGCUCGCGCAUUAUUUGCACAACGCGUUGUUCGCGCCAGAUCACAUGGUGCGAGUGAGUGCGUUGGCUUGUCUCGCGGCCCUCCUUAGCACGCCCGAGCCCGUGUCAAGUGUGCUGACAUGGCUGUCGCAGCCCACCCCGCCGGUCGAGUCGCCGUUGUACCAUUUCAAUUCCACGCCGCUGCUGCGCGUGCGCUCCCGUCGGUUCAUUGAAGACAUGCUGAGCCCGGCAAAAAGCAGUUCGUCGACCCAUGCCGCGCACCACUCGUCGAGCGGCGGUCGAAUCGGCACCAGUCCUCGGGAACCUGCUUCCACGAGCAUGCUCCAUCGUCUCGACGCCAUGUCGCUGCUAUCUAAGACGGCCAAGAAUUACGCGACCGUGUUGAGUGCGCACUGGCCCCGUCUGUCUGCAUUUCUGCUGACUGCCUUUCGCGACAUGGACCAAAACGUGCGGCUGCAAGCAGUCAAAAUCUUGGAAAACUACGUCAAGGGCGGCAACCACACGUCCCAUCACCUCGCGUUUAUGGCGACGCAUGUGAUUCGGGCCUUUCAAGACCCGUCGCACCACGUACGCGCCAGCGUCUGCGCAUGCUUUACGCUGCUGCGACCAGAUGAAUGGACAGCAUUUGCCGACAAUCCAGCCUUCAUGGAAUACUUUUUGGCGACCCCGCGCGAUGCGUCGCCAGUGGUGCGCGCCGCGGGCUUUCGCUUGCUCGGGGCGAUGGCCCUCGUCCCUGUGUUCAAGACGAGGGACUUCAUCGGCGCCAUCGUGCGGAUGGGCAUGGAUGCCGCUACCGAUUCAACGCUGAAUGUCCGCGUACGCGUGGUGUGGGCCAUCGGAAAUGCGUGCACAACUCCCGGCCCCGACGUCCCCGAUUCUCCCGACAGCCCGUGGCUGCUGCGGCUGCUGCCCCCCGACAGCAUUGACCAAGUCCUGCGGUGCAUGCUACACUUGGUCGACGACAACGACAAGGUUGCGUCGAGUGUGGUCCGGACGCUGGGGCUGCUCACCCGUUGGAUCGUGUCGGCGCAGUACUUGGAAGCGUCGGACCACAGCACGCCUUUCACCGGCGACCUUGAGACCUUAGCAAACACGGCAUUGCUCACGGAUGCCAUGACGGUGCUCGCGAAGAAAGUCGUCGAUGGGGCUCCCAAGGUCCGAUGGAAUGCUUGUCAUGCGUUAGCCAAGGUGUUUCAUUGCCCUGUUCUGCCGCUGGCGUCGGCGCCGUGGACUCCCGCCGUAUUUAACGCCCUCACGGCAGCGAUUGCGCAACAAGACAACUUCAAAGUGCGCAUCAGUGCCGCCAUGGCCCUUCGCAUCUCGUGCGCGCGGGCGUCGUACGGGGUGUUUUUCCAUGGCAUUGUGCAGACAAUCUUGGAUGCGCUGGAUGCCGCCGUCGACUUGACCGACAUCAGCGAGUACAAGUACAAAGCGCAGCUCGAGCUCCAGCUUUCGUUUACGCUGGUCCAUUUGGUGGCGCUCGUGCAGUCGGAGGCCGACCAAGUCGCACUCGGGUCUAUGCUGUGCCGCAAGUACAAGGACUUCAUUUACGACUGGUUGUACCACCAGCAACACAAAAUGUAUGCGGCGAUCUUUGGGGAAGAAGCCGUGGAUUGUGCCGAGGACAACGUGGCCGAGGGCCAUGAGGUGAACCCAGUGUCGUGCGCCCAAGUCGUGGACGCCUGCGACGUCCUCCGACGAGUGAUCCAGCAGCACUGCCCGCACACGGCGUCCUGUUUGGCGCAGAUUGCCGAAGUCAAGCUCAUUUUUGAGAUGGAUAUGCUCGACGCGAUCGGGUUUGAGUUUUAAGCCAGGUGAGGGUCGACGCGCCCGAUCAUUCGUCGACACGUGUACUCGGUCGUGGCUGCCGCUCUUUUCCUCCCGUACAGCGCCGAAUACAGAGAUACACACCGUG